CUUUUAUUUAGUUUAUUUUGCAUAUCGAUGGUAUACCCAAUAUAGUUAAUGCAUACUUGGUAUCUGCCUACCUACUCAUCUGUCUUAUGAUCUUGGACCUUGUUGUCUUCUCCUGAAACAAACCUCUUAACAAACUUACGACCUACAUACUUGGCACCAAGCUCUGAUCGUCCCACGAGUACCGAAUACGAACCUAGUAGAAGGUAUGCUCUCACUAGGCUCGACUGGGCACUCACAUGUCUUUCCAUUUCUAAGCAUGAUUUCCAACAUCUUCGAAAUAAUCUUUUAUAUAGAAGCUGAGUGGAUGAAAUAUCUCGAUGCUCGGUAACGUCAUUUCACCUAGGUAGUUUUUGGUGCUGCUGGCAUCAUCAUGUAGAGGAUCAAUGUGGAGAUCUCGCAGAAGCUGACAAAUUGUAGAACUGUGACUGCUGCAUUUAUAAACGACGUACCACAAUAUACAGGCGCAUAUAAGGAAAUAGCUCUCCCGUGUCUUCCGAUCCCCCUCACCAUAGCUCAUAGACACGACCGAAAAGGGGCUAGAAUUCGUUAUUAAUUAUAUAUACACUAUCUAUAUACCAUAUCCUCUCCUAUUAAAGAAACUACGCCUUACAUUUAAUCAAUUUUAUAUCAUGUCGAAUGCCAUCAAAGUUGUCGUCGUGGGUGCCACCGGUAAAACCGGCCAAUCAAUCGUGGAUGGACUAUUAACAUCCGAGACGAACUUUGACAUUACUGCCGUGGGCCGCGCAUCCUCUAUCACCGGGGCCGCCUAUGAUGCGCUUAAGCAGCGCGGCGUCCGUGUCGAAGCGGCAGACCUAACUGGUCCGGAGGACGACCUCGUCAAGUUGCUGACGGGCGUCGAUGUGGUUAUCUCGACUAUAGUCUUCACGCGUCUGUAUGACCAGAUACAUCUCGCAAAGGCAGCUAAACGCGCCGGUGUGAAGAGGUUCGUGCCUAGCGAUUUUGGCACGCCGACUGCGAGAGGGGUGAUGAGAUUGCAUAAUCACAAAGACGAUGUUCUCGCGGCCAUCCAACGCCUGCACUUACCGUACACCAUCAUCGCCGUCGGGUGGUGGGCCGAGCAUUCCGUCCCAGCCGUACCGUCGGGUCGAACGGACAGCGCAGUUAGCCCUUAUUUCAACAUAGUCCCUGGCGACGGCACGACUCCAAACGCGUAUACGCACAUUUCGGACAUCGGCAGAUACGUCGCGAAGAUCAUAGCCGACCCGAGGACGCUGAACAAGAAGGUCUUCGCCUACACCGACGUGUACACUGCGAAUCAAAUUGCUGGGCUCAUGGAAGAACUGAGCGGGGAGAAGGCUGUGCAGAGACAUGUGACCGCAGAGGAAAUCAGCAAGGUCCUCGACUCGGCAAGAGCCAAGUUCGAAGCCAACCCUGAAGACAUCGCUGCGAGAAUAGAUGUGACGGUGAAUGAGUACAUACAGUCUUGGGGGUUUAGAGGCGACAACACCCCGGAAUUGGCGGAGUACUUCGGAUACCUGGACUUCAAGAAGCUGUAUCCGGGGGUCGGGGGGAAGACUCUGCGGACGUUUUAUCAGGAGGUUCUGGAGGGGGGGAGAAAAGAUGCUGCUUGAUGUGUAACAGGAAGGAUCUAUUUGUUUCUCGGUGUGUUUUGAUGGAAGUAGAUAUUUAAUUCGAUUUUAUAUAAGGGUGAGCAUUAUUCGCAUCUACUACGU